AUCUUCUUCUUCUUCGUAGAAAGUAAAGCAAAGCAAUAGUGUAGGCUUUGUGUUUGAGUAAAUGUCUGAAUGGCUCUGCUAAAACCUUUUCCUCUUCAAUACUCUCUUCGUCGCAUGGCUUUUCGCUAUCUUUUUCAUUGUCACUCUCAUACUCUUCCCUUUUCUUCAACCUCUCUUUCUCCACCCUCUAUUUUCCUUAACACCAGGGUGAUUAAUAGGCUGAGAAGGGUGUCGGAUGGGAUUUUUAUUAGAAACGUGGUGUCUCCAAGAGCUUUUAUGUCAUCAAGCAUUACUACUGAGGCUUUUCAAGAAAAUACUAAGUCAAAAGCUUAUGGUUCUGAGCAAAUUCAGGUAUUGGAAGGUUUGGAUCCUGUCAGAAAAAGACCAGGAAUGUACAUAGGAAGCACAGGACCUCGUGGUCUCCACCAUUUGGUUUAUGAAAUUUUGGAUAAUGCCGUUGAUGAGGCACAAGCAGGAUACGCAACAAAGAUAGAUGUGGUCCUCCAUGCUGAUAACUCCGUUGGCAUCACUGACAAUGGCCGUGGGAUUCCAACAGAGUUGCAUCCAGUGACAAAGAAAUCUUCUCUUGAAACAGUCUUGACGGUUUUGCAUGCAGGUGGUAAAUUUGGAGGCUCAAGUAGUGGCUAUAGUGUGUCUGGUGGAUUACAUGGUGUGGGCCUGUCAGUUGUUAAUGCAUUGUCAGAGGCCCUAGAAGUUACCAUAUGGCGUGAUGGUAAAGAAUACAAACAGAAAUAUUCACGGGGGAAGCCAGUAACAACUUUGAUAUGUCAGGAGCUCCCAAUGGAAAUGAGAGAUCGGCAAGGGACUUCCAUUCAGUUUUGGCCUGAUAAAGAAGUAUUCACAACUGAAAUACAAUUUGACUAUAACACCAUAGCUGGGAGAAUUAGGGAGCUUGCUUUCCUCAAUCCCGAGCUCACAAUUGUUCUCAAGAAGGACGACAUAGAUCCGGAGAAGAUCCAACAUGCUGAGUACUUUUAUGCUGGAGGAUUGGUUGAAUACGUGAAAUGGCUGAAUGCAGACAAAAAACCACUUCAUGAUGUGCUGGGAUUCAGAAAAGAAGCUGAUGGAAUCACGAUUGAUAUGGCUCUUCAAUGGUGCUCAGAUGCUUAUUCAGACACGAUGCUAGGUUAUGCAAACAGCAUACGGACGAUUGAUGGUGGCACUCACAUAGAUGGUGUGAAAGCUGCCCUAACAAGAACACUCAACAGUUUGGGGAAGAAGUCAAAGACAAUCAAGGAGAAGGAUAUAAACUUAAGCGGUGAGCAUGUGAGAGAGGGAUUAACUUGUGUUAUCUCUGUUAAAGUUCCGAAUCCAGAAUUUGAAGGACAAACUAAGACUAGGCUGGGAAAUCCUGAGGUUAGAAAGGUGGUCGAUCAGUCAGUUCAAGAGUAUCUGACUGAGUAUCUGGAAUUGCAUCCAGAUGUGCUAGAUUCGAUUCUUUCCAAGUCACUAAAUGCUCUAAAGGCAGCUCUUGCAGCAAAGAGGGCUCGGGAGUUGGUGAGACAGAAAAGUGUCUUAAGAUCAUCCUCUCUUCCAGGGAAGCUUGCUGAUUGUUCAGCCACAAAUCCUGAAGAAGCUGAAAUUUUCAUCGUUGAGGGUGAUUCAGCUGGUGGAAGUGCAAAACAAGGUCGUGAUCGGCGCUUUCAGGCUAUUCUUCCUUUAAGAGGCAAAAUUUUGAAUAUUGAGAGAAAGGAUGAAGCAGCUAUGUAUAAAAAUGAAGAGAUUCAAAAUCUUAUUCUUGGUUUAGGACUAGGAGUUAAGGGGGAGGAUUUUAAAAAGGAAGCUCUCCGUUAUCAUAAGAUCAUAAUUUUAACAGAUGCCGAUGUUGAUGGUGCUCAUAUUCGAACAUUGUUGUUGACAUUUUUCUUUAGAUAUCAGAGAGCUCUUUUUGAGGAAGGUUGCAUUUAUGUUGGUGUUCCACCUCUCUAUAAGGUUGAGAGGGGAAAACAAGCUUACUACUGCUAUGAUGAUGUAGAACUUAGAAAGGUCCAGCGUUCCUUUCCUUCAAAUGCGUCAUAUAACAUACAGAGGUUCAAAGGAUUGGGAGAGAUGAUGCCAGUGCAGUUAUGGGAAACAACAAUGAACCCAGAGACUAGGCUGUUAAAGCAAUUAGUAGUGGAGGAUGCAGCUGAAGCAAAUGUCGUCUUCUCUUCACUAAUGGGUUCCAAGGUGGAUGUUAGGAAGCAACUUAUACAACAUUCAGCGAGCAUGAUCAACCUUGAGCAACUGGAUAUAUGAAUGUGUAUGUAGUAAACCCUGCAAGAACACAAAUCAUUACAUCUGGAAGGGACCAAAUGUCUUGUAUCCUUUUAUUGCACAACGGGGGGCUGCAGUAUAAUUUUGAUAACCAAAUGGUGGGGUUUUCGAGGCACUUCCUUCUCCAGUUCUCCGUGGAACAUGCAAUGUAAGCAGAAAAGGAUUUGGAUUAUAAGUAUUAAGUACCUUGCUAUACAUCAUAGGUUUUUGUCCUCCCUUAUUUUACUUUUGUUACCUGUAAUUUGCACUCUUGUCCUAUGUAAUUUAACAUUUUUAGUUAGCAAUAUGGCAUAAAUAUUGAUGGAAGUAAUGAUUAAUGAGUAGUUGUAUGAUUAGAGGGUUCUACGGAUGAGAAAGGUGGAGCCACUCCUCUC